AUGGGGCUGCUCCUGGGGGCGCUGCUGGCGGCCCUGCUGGCUGGCUGGCUGGGGGGUCUGCCGGGGGCCUUUGGAGUUCAACUUAAACUGAACUGGAAGCAGCAAAAAGACUUUUUUGAGAAGUCUGGAGAAGUGGAAACGAAGUCGCCGGAGGCCCCAGACGCCGCUGAGGUGUACGUACACCCCAACUCCGACGCCCCCGAACUGGACAAGAAGUGGCAAGAGGCCCCCGACGCCGCUGAGGUGUACGUACACCGCAAUUCAGACGCCCCCGAAGAGCCCCAGCAGCAGCACAGCAGCUACUUCAGUCUUGUUCAGCUUUUUGGGGGGGACAGCGAGUUGAAGAAGCUCAAAAAGACUUACAACAAACUCAAAAAGAAGUAUUUGAAAAAGUAUUCCAAACAAAGAUUUGAACAACUCAAAUACCAAACUAUGAUCACUGUCUUGCAAAGAAUGGGCUUUGUGCCCUAA